AUGUCUCGUUUUAAUCAGAAAUGUGCGGGCUACAAUCAUGCCUCAUUAACCUCACUACAGACAACAACAGUAGUAAUUAAGCCAACGUUAGAUCCGUCAAGUGCUUUUUAUUAUGCUUAUAAUACAGUUGCUAAUCAUUUCGAUAAAAUAUUUACUUUGACAUGUGCACCACAUAUUGAAGCGUUCUAUUCAAAAUCACGCGAAAUUUAUCCUCUUUAUUGUAUAUUAUUACAAUUAUUUAAAAAUAUAAUGAUAGUAUUACAUUCAUUACGUGGUUUUAUUAAUUUUAAUGAUACAUUUAUUGAAAGUAGUGCAAACACUACAACAUUUAUCGAUGCGGCCAAUAAAAAAAUCGAUGAGUUAUUUUUUUCAAAAGCACCUGUUAAUGAUAAAGGCAUGUUCAUUUUAUAUGUUAACAAAAAAACAUGUGAAGAUGCUUGGCUAUAUUAUGAGUAUCUAUUUAAUAUAUCAACAACACUAUUUGAUACUGAUGAACUAACUAUUAAGGAUAUUCGUGAAAACAACCAAUUGUUAAUCGACCACGAAGCUAAAAAAAUCCUAGAAUAUCCAGCAAAUAUAUUUUCCUUAUCAGUAAUGACAGGUUACGAUCAUGAUUUAUCUAAAAAUGGUCCAUUUUUCAAAAAACCAGAACGAUUUGAGUUAUGUCUUAGUGAAUUGAUUAAAAACGGAUUAAUACUUGAGGGUCGAUAUUUAAAUAAUUGUCAGCGAUCAUUUGUUAAAGUAAUACCACCGUCACAUGAUCAAGUGGAAUUUGAAGCAAAACUACGUCGUUUUGGUGUCAAUUUAAAUGAUUACAUACAGUUGUAUCAUAAUUCUUCAAAAACAAAAUUAUUUGCAUUACCUGGUGCUCAGUUUAUGGCAUUACAUUACAAACAGUAUGUUGGUGAAUAUUAUAAAUAUGUUGAUGAUUUAUUUAUGAAACAAGAAAUUGAAUUGCUACUCGAAGCAGACUUGAUUCAAGAGCAAAUAGUUAGCGAUGUUAAUAAUAACAUUAUUUUACUAGCAUCACCCCGUACUCCUCAACCAACACAAUCACCAACUGAUGAAACAGUACAAGAAAAUCAGUCGUGUACAAAUUCACCCGUUCGGAUGCAAUUUAAUUCAAAUCAAGUGAAUGACGGUGAUAUUCCUACGAAAGAAGAUUCUGGAACAAUAUUGGAACAACUAGUUCAUAUGAUACAUGAAUCAUUGAUGACACAUCAUGAUGAACAACACACAAGUACAGAGAUACUUACACAACAGCAACGAACUGAUGAAGUAACAGCGGUUGGAAGCGAAAAAGAAGCAAAAAAUUUCACUAUUGAAGAAUAUAAUAAUAUGACAGAGAGUUCAAUGAUGAUGGUUGAUCAACAAUAUCAUAUAACAACAUUGGCGCCUGUUGAUGAAGAGCGAAUAACAGUCGUAAGAAAAAAUAGUGAUAAAGAAAAUGCCGAUCGAAAAAAAAUUAUGGCUGUUUGUCAAAAGAUAUUAGAAACAAAAUCGCUAUUAAUGACUGAUACUGAUAUAUCAAAGAUAACAUCACAUUAUGGCAUACAAAAUCGUACAGCUGCAAAAAACAAAUUGAUUGAACAACAAUUAAUUAAAAAAGAUUUGUAUUUGGCAACUGCAAAUAAAACUGGGAAUUCAAUCAAAACAUGUCCUGGUUAUGUUAAAUGUUUUCCCUUAUCCAAUUCGAUUACCGAAAAAGAACAAUUCAGUCAACAUUUGGCUGAGUAUGGUAUUAAGUUACAAGAUUAUUUAAAAUUAUGUGAAGAUAAUAAACAAAUUCGAACAGAUACUAAUUAUGGUUUAUCUGAAUUAGCAGAAACAUUGUUUAAAAGUGAACGUUAUCGUGAAUAUGUAUCAUUUGAUGAAAAAACAGUAGUAAGACCGAAAGUAAUAUCAAUGUCAUGUAAUUUAUCUGAUACCACCGUAGACAUAUUCUCAACAAAUCAAGCAAAUCAUCGAAAGCGAAAACUGUUAGAUGAUAAAACGAUUCCAUCGUCAACUUCAGAACCGCCAAAAAAAAUAAGACAAUCAAAAAAAACAAGAAAACAGAACUCAUUUACCAUUCACAAAUUUAGUCUCUUUUUCUUUGAGCUGAUAAUGAACAUUUAG